GCAAACGUGAAAUUUUGUAGCAAUUCGAGUGACCAAACUUGCAAUUAUCAUCAAAGCCAAACAAUGCAAAGUACAUUACAUCAUUUUCCUCAAUUACAUGUAUAUUACAAUGCAUGCAUUAAUCACAAUGCAUGCAUUUAAGUAUCACCAAAAUCAAACGAACCAUAAAAAUUCGCAAAACCUGUUUCGGAAAUAAGGCUGAUCGACAUCGUUUUAUUCGUAGUACCCGAUCUAGAAAACCCUUGCUAAUCCUUCACCAUGAGAUUUUAUCAUUACCCAUAUAAGAUUAACAUUUCAUGAUAGCGACCAGCCUGAUGAAUGUAUCUAUCAAAGUUCAACCAUCCACUUGACCACUUGUAAGAAGCGAAUUGUAAUUUGGCAUGCGCGGGGCCAAAUACGAUGGUACCAUCUCAGACAAUUCCAAAACCUGACUCAAGAACAUGCGUAAAAAUAUCAAUAUGUUUUGCAUUAUUCUCCGUGGUACUAUGUUCCUAUAUUCUUCCUCGUUCUCAAAAUUUUUUGUUUUUUUAUAUUAUAUGAUAAUUUGCUUGCUAGCUAGUCGCCAUUUGGAAGCUGGACAGAGCAGAGCAUAGUGGAGAUGGCGAGGAGGAGCUCCGAGCAGGUUGAAGGGGAGGAACAUCUUCGUCGUUAUGAUGAUGCCUUUGCUGCCGGCGGUUGGUACUGGCCGCGUCCGCAAUAUGUUUGGAAGAGCAUCUGCACGGUGUUGCUCGGCGGCCGGAUCAAGGUGCUGCUGCCGUUUGGCCCUUUGGCUAUAUUCGGAUGGGUCUUCUGCCUCACUUUAUUAGGAAUAACACCUCUGGCUGAGCGUCUUGGCUAUGCAACUGAACAGAUUGCUUACUACACGGGACCAACAGUUGGUGGUCUGUUAAACGCGACGUUUGGAAAUGCAACAGAAAUGAUGGUAUCAAUUUUCGCGCUGAAGAGCGGAAUGAUAAGCGUCAUCCAACAGUCCUUGCUGGGUUCCAUUCUGUCAAACCUGCUCAUGGUCCUUGGAUGCGCCUUCUUCGUCGGAGGCAUUGUCCAUCGUGAAAACAAGGUUCAGGUUUUCAACAAGGCAGCUGCAAUUAUGGAUUCCGCAGUGCUGCUGGUUGGAAUCAUGGUGAUCACAACGGUCCAGCUUGUAGCUCUCUCAACUGAUGAUGCAGAGUCUCAGCUCAGAGAACCAGGGCUGCCAUUGUCAAGGUUCAGCAGCUGCAUGAUGCUCCUUGUAUAUGCUGCCUACCUUUUCUUCCAGCUUAAAAGCCAUCAUAGUCUUUACAAUCCCAUCCUUCAGAAUCAGGAGGAUGUUCCAGAUGUUCCUGAAACUAGUCAGUGGGAAGCGAUUUCCUGGCUUGCAAUUUUAACCGUCUGCGUCUCUGUACUGUCUGAGCAGCUCGUUGAUGCCAUUCAGGGGGCAUCUGAAUCGUUACACUUGCCGACGAGUUUCAUCAACGUGAUCUUAGUUCCAAUAGCAGGGAACUCUGCUGCAUACGCCACCACCAUCAUGUUUGCCAUCAGAGACAAGCUGGAUAUAUCCCUCGCGGUUGCAAUUGGCUCAUCCACUCAGAUAGCCAUGUUUGCGAUCCCUUUCUAUGUGGUAGUUGGGUGGAUUGUGAAGCAGCCGAUGGACUUGAACUUUCAACUCUUCGAGACGGCUACCCUUUUCAUCAGUAUGCUGAUCACUGCAUAUUCACUGCAGGAAGGGAGAUCAAGUUACAUGAAAGGAUUGGUACUGAUACUUUGCUAUUGCGUAGUAGGGGCCGGUUUCUUUCUACAUGUCGAUCGAUGAUCACAAGUAACUAGAUACAACUAACUUUGUUCUUUUGGUUUCGCUCUGGAGGAGCAUAUAAAUCUCUAAUUAGUUGGGAGUGGACAUUAAAAUUUGUGGAAAAAAGUUUGCACAUUAUUUGGUUGGUCGUAUGUAGGAACGUGAAAUUUGUAAUGAUAUGCUACUUGUACGAAUGUAUGAAAGAAGACCAAGUCAGGAGGAGGAAGAAGAAGGAUUGCGAAGGGUUGGGUUGGAGAGAUGAUGUGGCGGGUCGGGUUUGGUGAUGUGGCGGGUUAAAACGGGUGAGUCAGCACUUCUGUUAGUCAUGUCAGCAAUUGAUUGACGGUGUUAACGAAAAUUGACGAGACUAACGGAGAGUGACUAAACGUGGACCGUUUUACUAGUUCGAGUGACCGCUAAUGGACUUAAAUAUUUGGAGUGACCAAACAUGAACGUUUUUUAUGAACUCAGUGACCAACCAUACAAUUAACCCAUUAUUAUAAGGACAAAAAGUGUUUAACGUUGGAAUGUUAAUUUCGGGGGGAGUGACCGUAUUUUCAAUUCCCGCGUAAGUGGAAAAGUGGCCCAAAUUUUCAUGGCUCAAUUACCAUGCUUUUUUAUCAUUAAUCAAUUACCAUGUAUUUUUGGUCUAUCCAAAUAAAGUAAUUUAGUCUAAUUAUCUGCAUUGUUUGAGAAUUUAGCUCAAUUUCCUCCUUAUUAUACUGCAUCCAAAUGACCCUAAAGUAUUCGUAUUCAUGUGGAGCUAGGGAUGGCAACGAGUCGGGUCGGAGACGGAUAGUGCAUAAUCGUUACUCUACCCAAAGUAGUUCGGGUUACACCCAUAUUUAUACCCACAUAAGAAUCGGGUAGAACAUCAAACCAUGUUUAUACUAGUUCGGGUUUCGGGUAUCCACGGAACACGAUUAUCUAUGUGUAAUAAUUUCUCUUUAUAACU